AAUGGUGAUUAAAAUGUCCAGAGUAAUUGAAAAUGAUUAGUGAGCUAAUUGUAAUGAAAAUGAUGUCCUAGUAAUUACGGUAUAGCAUUGUGAUUGUACUAACAGUGUAUUCGAAUUUAUUCAGUUUCACAGCAAAAUACACUUUUUGGGGCAAUAACGCAUUUACAGUUCGAUAAUCAUAUUGUACGUACUAUGGUAAGUAAUAGACUAUAGUGUAGUCUAUAAGAAUAGAUGAAUAGACUCUUACAACAAAGUUUUGAUUUCAUUCUUUCCUGUUUGGCAGUAAGCCUGCUCAUGUUUCAAAAUGACUAAUAUAAUAAUGAAACAUUUUAUGAUAUGGUGAUUGCCUUAUGUAAUCAAUAACUGACUGCUAUUAUCCAAGAUUAUGUUAAUUCAGUAUAACUUGUCCAUUGGUGUGAAUGUGGGAGUGAUUGGUUGUUGUGUAACUAAUGCUGCAGUUGGCCUAUAUAAUAUCCACAAUAGAAGUACUGUACUCUGUAUGUGGGAUUUAGCAAUGCACUAACUCAUUGUAUGGCAAGUGUACAGUGUGUCUAUAUUAGUCUCGCUAUAGGAUUUAAUCAGCCAGUUUUCACGUCUUCAUGACAGGAGCGACAAGAAGAAAGUCAUUAGCCCGGACUGGAGCCAUGCUGGUAGGGCCUUUGGAUUUCCUACUAACAACAAACACAUCACGGUGACCCUCAUGAAACACAGAAGUGGCAGGACAAGAAGUGACGACCACGCAAACGGCCUUCAUCAUCCUCAUCAUCAUCCUCAUCAUCGUCAUUAGGAGGGUGCACGCUAAAACUCUGCGUUGGCUUGAAAACCUUUCACGUCAGCCAGUCUUCAUCCGAUUGUUCCUUCAAAACCAAAGAUGGGUUACAGGACGGUGGUGAUGUACAUGGAGAUCGGCUGCUUCGUGGUGUGCGUCUCUGGAUGGAUCCUGGUGUGCUCCACCAUGCCCACGGAGAUCUGGACCUGGUCUGAGGUGGGCAGCCUCGUCCUGACCACCUCCAACUACUUCUCCAACUUGUGGAAGGACUGCAUCUCCGAUUCCACUGGCGUGUCCGACUGCAAGGGCAUCCCGUCCUUGCUUGCGCUCAACUGGGACAUCCACAUGUGCCGCGCCCUCAUCAUCACCGCCAUCAUCCUGGCGUUCUUCGGCUCGGUCCUGGUCAUGGUGGGAAUGAAGUGCACCAAGAUCGGAGGCUCGCAGUUGGCCAAAGCCAGAGUGACAUUUGCUGGGGGGAUGAAUUACCUCUUUGCCGGGUUGUGCUCUAUGACUGCUUUCUCCUAUUAUGGCAACAAAAUAAGAGCGGAAUUCCAGGACCCGAAUUACAGAGAACAAAAGUUUGAAAUUGGUGUUGGCGUGUUUAUCGGCUGGGGAGGCUCCACGUUACUGGUAGUCGGAGGGCUUCUUUACAGUAUCUUUGCGGGGAGGGAAGGCUGCCAAUCAAGUUACGAAGGAGACCCCGGCUACGUGUUCCCUGACCCCUACCUGGCCGUGCCCACGAAGAAGAAGGUAGCACUCACAGAUGGGACUGAGAGCAGGAAAGCACCGAGUAGUCGUACUAGUAAUGGUAAUCGUAGUAGUGCUAAUCGUGGUAGUAGUGGAGCCAGCAGCAGCAGCAGCAGCAGCGUCUCUGCAGUGACCAUCAGCACCAGAACAUCCGACGCAUACGUUUGAGUUUGAGCUUUGCUGAUUAAGAAAGUCAGCGACCACUCAUGAAUUGGUCGCUAACUGAUUUCAGAGUACUUUUUGGAGUGUAACGUGAGCAUGUUUGUACAUGAUCAAAAAAAUGCGUUGCUGUCUUUUAAAGUGUUUAAGAAAUUCAUGAAAAUAUUUUACAUUUAUCGAACUGUAAUGUCACACAUAAAGGCCCUGCUUUUUGCUUAUAAAAUGCUAAAUAAAUUGUU